CACUCAUACAUCACCAAAACGCUGUCCAAGAAUGCGUGCACAAAUCGAAACCCCCGAGCCCAUCACAUACAUUCCUCCCCCUCCUCCAGACCCUUCGGACAUCGAGGUCCCUGAUCAAGAUGUUCUCGACGACGAACACAAGGAGACGUUCCGUCAGGCCCUCAGACGCCUCUUAUCCACUCCUUUGGCUGAAUACACAUACGCCCAGAUCCUCGACGGGCUACCAACAGAGCCAUCUCUCCGGGACUCUUAUGUGUGGAUGCCCCGCCAUCCUGUCUACGAGCUAGAGCACACAGAGCUAUGUGAGGGCUUUCUUGACAAGGCGCGUGACUUUAUGACCAAAUUCGACGCUUUCGGCUUGCGCUUCAAGCAAUCUCUACUCCGUGCAUUCCAGAAUACAACAUCGGGUUCUCAACAGUUUAAUUUACGCCUUAUCGAGCUUGUCGUCGUUGCUUGCCAUCAAAUCGCGGCCCAUUUAUAUGAGCUGGACGACGGGGCUCACAAACACCAACUCCACCAAGACUGGGUUGAUGCUGAGAGUCAAGUAACAGAGAAGGAGGCGCGUUAUCGAAGCUAUGCACUCACACCGACGGCUUUUUUCCACAGGUUUUAUCAAGCCUAUGACCAGUACCCUAGAGGUUGUGCGGAUGUCGCAGGGUACUGGGCUGAGGGAAAGAUCUUUGGCGGUGUUGUUGUGUUUGAUCGCGGCGAGACGGAGCAAGAGUGCAAUUCCAUGUGGAUACAUGGAAGCAAGUAUAGGGGGCCAAAAACCCUCUAUCCGCCAAUGCCAGAGCAAUUCGAUGCCUUGAUUAGCUUCCUCUUAGCUAAACCGGAUGACGAAGUGCCGUGUCCUCUCCCCAUAUUUGGAACACGCAUGAACCGACCACGCUGGGAUGCUUAUGACGCUAUUACCCGAUUUCACAUCUUUCGUGACAAAUACGAACGAAAGGUCCCGACAACCCGUCCACAGCCAGGCCGUGUCCAAGAUGGUGCUGAUUGGCCCGAGAUUCUUGAUGAACAUAUUGUCAUGACGGCAAUGCGUCAUAGACGCUGGGGCAGGCCAGUCGACGAGGAGGAGCUCGCCGCUGCCCAAGCACGGUUGAAGGAGGUGACCCCUUCAUCACCAUGCUGGACUCAAUAUGUCCCAAAUUCUGAACAUGAACCACACGUAGAUUGAUUGAUAUUCAUAUUCCAAGAGUUCUAUGAUUGUAUUCAAGGUUUUUUUCCUUCAUCCUAUCUCAUCAUUGUCUCUUUACUACCCAACUCAAGCACCGCCGCUGUAUCAUUUUCGAAUAUCGACUUUAAACUAGGACGAUUGCCCC